AUGCGAGCAGGUAUCGAUUCGUUGAUCUACCUGAUCACCUGCAUACUCUCGACUGUCUGUCUGGCAGCAUGCGGUAAUUCCUUACAUCGGAGGAACGCCAAUGUCGGUGAACAAUCUAGAGCAGCUGCUUCACGAGGUAUCACGUUGAUCCUCGCUACUAACGAUUUGACGGCUGCUGGAUUCGCUUUGUCCGUAGGAGCAGGAGGGAUCGCUGUUGGCACUUUGAUUCUGUUCAUCCAUUCCCUCCGUUUAGUCCCAAUGACCAAAUUCAUUCGACGAAUCUUCUUCCUCUCCCCAUUAAUGCUAGCUCUCAACACCCUCCUGCUUAUAUCGUCAGGUAUCGCAGUGACCUACCUAGGGAGACACGGGACCACUUCGGUGGAAGCGUUCAUAGGUAGUACCAAGUUACCCGAGUCUGUUAUCAGAGCUCAGGCGCAAGCACAGGGUACACAUCUUGAUUACUGGGCGAAUAAUUACGUCAAGUUCAUGGUCGCUUCGCCAUGGCCAGUUAUCCCAUUCGCUUUAGCUUCGCUCUUUUUCGCAUAUAGAGCUUAUCAAGUUGAAAAACCUUCUGCUCAACAUGUCAACUCUGGACAACCGUACGAGCACAAGAAUGCAAAUCAGAUCGAUAGACAAAUAUCGGGUAACGGGUCAAAACCUGAAGUGCAACAUAUCGCUUAG